UUGGCUGAGAUUUGAGAGUUGUGCGGAAAAGAACUAAUGAAGUCUAGAAAACUUGAAUCAAAGUAGCGAUUUGAGCAAUGAUGAGUGGAAGUGUCGUCGACAACGCCGUGUCAUCAAGUAACACUUCUGUUGCGAUACCGAGAGACACCAGUGGACAAAUAUUAAAUCUCGAUGAAGACGAUGACUUAGAAGUUUUCAGCAAGGAUAUGAUCUACACAGAUGGUAGCUCAUUAAGUGCUUCCAUGCAGACGUCCCCUGGUUCAAUGGUCAACCAGUACAAGUUUGAAGAAGAAGAGGAAGAUGCUGAUGCCAAAGAUAUUUUUGUCACAGUUGAUAACCCAGAGAGUCACGUGACGGCCAUUGAGACACACAUAACUUACCGGGUUGUGACCAAGACCACUCGGAGUGAGUUUGACUCAAGCGAGUUUGAGGUCCGAAGGCGAUACCAGGACUUCCUCUGGUUAAGGGGACGCCUGGAAGAGGCUCAUCCCACGCUCAUUGUUCAUCCGCUGCCAGAGAAGUUUGUGAUGAAAGGGAUGGUGGAGAGGUUUAAUGAAGAUUUCAUCGAGACGCGGAGGAGAGCGCUGCACAGGUUUCUGAACAAAAUAGCAGGACAUCCAAUAUUUUCCAGCACAGAGGACUUUAAGAUCUUUCUCACAGCAGAAGCUGGGGAGUUGACCUCUCACAAGAAACAGGGUCCCGGGUUUCUGAGCAGAGUGGGUGAGACUGUGAGAGCGGUUGCCGCAGCAGUCAGAGGGGUCAGAAAUCGGCCUGCGGAAUUCACAGUGAUGCAGGAGUACGUGGAGGCAUUCAGUGAGAAGAUGAGCUCGCUUGACAAAGUUACACAAAGAAUCGCCAGAGAGCAGAAAGAGCACCUGCAGGAGCUGAAGGAAUGUGGGCCCACAUACAUGCUGUGGUCAAACUCAGAGGAGGAGUUGGCAGAGCCCCUGAAAAGCAUGGCAGGCUGUCUAGACAGAUGCUGUAAGGAGACAGAGGAACAGGUCAAACAGCUUAAUGAUAACCUGAUACCAGCCCUCCAUGAAUAUGUACUCUGUACUGAAAUUCUCAAGGCGGUGCUCAGGAGGCGAGACAACAUGCAGGCAGAGUGUGAGGCAAAGACCGAAGCUCUUGCCACAAAGAAGGCUGACAGAGAAGUGGAAUCUAAGGUGCUGAGUUUAGCAUGGGACAACUUUGUGGGACGAUCCUCUGAGGAGGUCAAACAACAGAAACGGCAGAAACUUGAAGGGGAGAUUAAGGAGAUGCAAGAUGAGCUAGAUAAGAUGGAAGACCGGCUGGAGUGGGCAAAUAACGCAUUAAAGAGCGAUUGGACCCGCUGGCAGAAAGUCAUGAGAACUGAUCUACGAUCAGCCUUCAUCAACACAGCAGAGAGGAAUGUGAACUACUAUGAAAAGUGUUUGGCUGUUUGGGAGUCUUUCUUGUUUUCUCAAAGGGCAGAGGGGGAAGAAAGUGGACGGAUUGACUCUUCCUAAUCAACCACAGUGCCUUUAGCCGAACAAAGGUCCACCAAAGAGAGGUUUCUUGUCCUACGAACACAAUAAACUUCAAAUUUAAAAACCAAGACAGUCAAAGAGAGACACUGGCCACAUACAAACUUCACCAGAUGACCAAGAAAUAUCUAUUAUGGAAACAUAAUUUACUUUCAUCACUACAUUUGCCACAAAGUCCAUCUUUUGAUAAUGGGUAUAUUGCCAAAUAUUUUAUAUAGAGACAUAUUUUCAUUUUGUUUAAAACAUGAGUUUGGGAUUCAGAGAAUGAAUGCAAAAGACUGUUGCAUCACCUGACUUUUAUAGUUGUCAUGGUUCCACUGAGGAUUUUGAUCUAUAUUGUUUUUUUUCCAUAUAUACUGCUCUCUUGCAGAUCAAUGCAAAAGUUGUUUACUUUUUAUCAGAGCUGCCUCACUUGAAAAAAAAAAAAUACAUUCAUAAAUAUAAAUGUAUCAUGAAUGGAUGCAUUUCUUGCAUUGAAUUUGGGAUACUGAAGUUUCAUGAUUCCUAAAAUGUCCUAUGUUUAAGGAGAUGCUGACAUUCCAAAAUUGUUUACAUGUUAUUAAAAUGUAUAAAUCAUGCAACAA